AAAACAAAAAAAAAAAAACAUCAUUUGAUUGUUGGUGAUUCUCUCAGUUUCUGACAUGUGGAUGGAUAACACACUCAGAAGAAGUGAAACUAGUUCUUGAGACAAACUUUGAACACAGCAAUGGCUUCUAUCACAUGCAUCACCCACCAACCCAUUACCACUUCUUCUUCUUCUUCUUCUAAGUCUAAGUCCUGUUUGGCUUCCACAAACAGGUUGGGUUGUUGUGAGUUUCUUGGAAGCAGAAAAAGGGUUGGAUGGUUGAGAGUCACAAACUCUGCUAUUAUUAUGAUUGGACCCUCCAAUGGUUCCAAAUCCACAUGCUGGUUCAAGUUUGGUAAGAAUGGUGUUGAUGCUGAAGGUGCUGGAAUUUAUGGUAGCCAGAGCCGUGAUGAUUUUGAUAGAGAUGAUGUUGAACAGUAUUUCAAUUAUAUGGGGAUGCUUGCGGUUGAAGGAACAUAUGAUAAAAUGGAGGCUCUUCUAAACCAAAACAUCCACCCUGUGGACAUCCUACUGCUCUUAGCUUCCUCAGAAGGUGACAAGCCUAAAAUCGAGGAACUCCUGCGAGCCGGAGCGAAAUACGAUGUAAAAGACGCCGAUGGUCGAACGGCGCUAGAUAGGGCUAGUGAUGAAAUCAAAGAUUUCAUUGUUAAUUUUUCAGUGCAAAGAGCAUGAUGAGUAGUUUGUUUCCAUUCCAUGCUAGUUCAGCCAGCAUAGUUUUUCAGACUAUGAUAACUCUUGAACUGUGCUAGUUUGGUAUUAUUUUAGCCAUUUAUCACAAGCAAUUAAGCAUUUAAUCCAUA